CAGAAAAAUCUUUACAUUGUAUCACUAAUGUAAACAUUGUAAAAUGUAAAUAACUGUUUUGAUUUGAGUUUUUCAUCGAUGUCGGUUUGAAAAACGUGAAAUAAUUACACAGUUAAUAUGGGGAAUGGCGCUUCUACUACUAAGAACCGAAACAAAUCUAAUCGAGCUCAACAACUACCAUGUUUAAAAAUAGCUAUAAUAGGUGACUGUGGUGUUGGUAAAACUAGUAUAUUAGUAAGAUAUGUACAUAAUCAGUUUAGUCCAGUGUAUAGCCCUACUCAUAAGGUGGCCAUAGAAAAUAUAGUAAGGAAAGUAAAUAUACCGAACCAUGCCUUAGCUUCUAUAACAUUCUGGGAUAUUCCUGGUAGAGAAGAGUUUGACCUCUAUAAAUCUUAUUUUACUAAUUUAGAUGCUGCAAUAGUUGUUGUUGAUCUAAGUGAGAAAGACUCAUUAGAAAUGGCUUUAGUAUGGAAACAGUUGUUAGUAAACAAUAUGUACACAUCAACCCUUAUUGAUAGUACACCAGGUGUCAAACAACCAUCAGAUACUUAUAAAAUACAACCAUCAACAGACAAAUAUACAGUACCUAUAUUAUUACUAGCAAACAAGUUAGAUAUUGUAGAGGAAUUGAAUAAAGAAGAAGAAGGUUGUGACAAGUUGACAGCUUGUGUUAAUAAGGUAGAGGAAUAUGGAUCCAAGCAUAACUUCACGGCAAGUGUAUGUGUAUCAGCUCGUAAUGGUGAUGACAGUGUACAUCAAGCUAUACAGAGUUUUAUAAGAUUGAUAUUAGAGAAAUAUUAUAAACCAACUGUAAAAGUAAAUAAAGAUAUUAAUACACAUACUGCUUCUACUCGAACACCGUCAUCUAAAAAACCUCUCUUUCAAUCUUGUGGCAUUAAACAAAUAGAUGAAGAAUUUGAAAGAGGAGAAAAAUGUUUAAGAAGAAUUCAGCUAUUGAUUAAGCUAAAUGAAAAUAGUUUAAAUAAGUUUAAGAAAAAAUGCAUCAAAUCUGAGUUAGCUCAUAAAGAUGAAGCUAGCCUAGAGUCUUGUGUUGUUGCAUUGAAGAAAUAUUUUUGUUCUCCAGAUACAGAAAUUACAUUUGAAGAAAGUGGUGGAUUCUGCACAAUACAACCUUAUUGUAGUAAAGGAGAGUUUAAAAUGGCUACAUGUUAUGAGAAAAUAUUUCAGACCUUCAAUAACGAGUAUUCUGUCAGUGUGAAGACUAUCUUAAAUGAAUUUCCAGAAUUAGACAGAUCAUUAAGCUCUAUAGACACAAGAAUAUCUCAGUUAUGUGAAGAAUAUUCUAACAAUACAGAAACCAGCAAUACCAUGGAUACACAAACAGAUUAUGAUCAAGCCAAAUCCACCGUCGAAUUCAACAGAGCAACAAUUGUAUUUUAUCAAAACCAAAUAAAAGACAAACUUCAGAGCUCAUCCAAGGCAUUGUCUAAAAUUAAAACAGCCUUUUUAUGGUGAUUGUGUGCUUAAAUACAUGUGUAAUCUAAUUAAGAUUUAUGUCAUCCACUUGAAAAAUCAUAUUUUGAUUCAGUUCAUUUUGAAAGUCAAUUUAGCAUUAUAAACAAAUUGAUUAAUGCCUUUAUAAUAUAAACUAAUUCUAUAUUUUUUAACCGGUCAGAUUCCUUUCCAUCAUCCAAAUAGUGAUGAGAAUUCUCUUAAACUUCAGGAAUUAUAGAAUGAACAUGGAUAAUAUUUAAGGAGAAUUAUUUUGAAUCCUAAUUUUACUAAAUAUCUGGGGACGGUUUCAUUAAUUUUAAACUGAAAAUGAUUUUGAUUUUCCAGUGAUCUGAUUGGUCUUUAACUAAAAAAAAAUAAUUAAAUUAAAAAAUUUCUUAAAAAUGUCUGUUAAUGAGGAAGCAAAUGCAUUAAUCAAAAAUCAACAAUGAGAUCUAAUAAAGUUGCUAUUUACGCCUUAUUGAAUAAAAUGCAAUAAUAUAUAUUAUAUAUAUAUUUCAUUUGCUGCAAUGAUUUGUUAAUGGUGGCCUUUAAAUAUAUUUUUAUCUGUGAUAUGCUUUUUGAGCACUGUUUGUUUUACAAUCAUAUAAAUUUGCAAUUUACACCAUAUAAUAAAAUUACGAUAUUAUAUUC